UGUCAGUGAGCGCAGAGGAAAGAAAGGGAUGGAGGAUCCCGAGGAGGAUGAGGGAUUCGGGGGGACAGGGGGGACCGAGGAGACGGCGGUCGGGGAGCCCGGAGAAGAGACCGGGGAAGGUGAGGAUGAUCUCCAGGACCAGAGAUCUGGGAUCAGGCCGUCAGAGGAUAAUACAGAGCACGGAGGGGGGAAUCCAUUCUAUCUGUGCAGGGAAGGAGAGCAGACACUGCUUGGAGGUGAAGGGGAGUGACCUGGGAGAUGGAGACAUGGGGAAACCAGGAGACAUGGGGAAACCAGGAGAUGGAGACAUGGGGAAACCAGGGGACAUGGGGAACCAGGAGAUGGAGACAUGGGGAAACCAGGGGACAUGGGGAACCAGGAGAUGGAGACAUGGGGAAACCAGGAGAUGGAGACAUGGGGAAACCAGGGGACAUGGGGAACCAGGAGAUGGAGACAUGGGGAAACCAGGAGAUGGAGACAUGGGGAACCAGGAGACAUGGGGAAACCAGGAGAUGGAGACAUGGGGAAACCAGGAGACAUGGGGAAACCAGGAGAUGGAGACAUGGGGAAACCAGGGGACAUGGGGAAACCAGGAGAUGGAGACAUGGGGAAACCAGGGGACAUGGGGAAACCAGGAGAUGGAGACAUGGGGAAACCAGGGGACAUGGGGAAACCAGGAGACAUGGGGGGAGAUGGAGACAUGGGGAAACCAGGGGACAUGGGGAACCAGGAGAUGGAGACAUGGGGGAGAUGGACCAGGAGACAUGGGGAACCAGGAGACAUGGGGAACCAGGAGACAUGGGGAAACCAGGAGACAUGGGAAACCAGGAGACAUGGGGAAACCAGGAGAUGGAGACAUGGGGAAACCAGGGGACAUGGGGAAACCAGGAGAUGGAGACAUGGGGAAACCAGGGGACAUGGGGAACCAGGAGAUGGAGACAUGGGGAAACCAGGAGAUGGAGACAUGGGGAAACCAGGGGACAUGGGGAACCAGGAGAUGGAGACAUGGGGAAACCAGGGGACAUGGGGAACCAGGAGAUGGAGACAUGGGGAACCAGGAGACAUGGGGAACCAGGAGACAUGGGGAACCAGGAGACAUGGGGAACCAGGAGACACGGGGAACCGGGAGAUGGAGACAUGGGGAAACCAGGAGACAUGGGGAAACCAGGAGACAUGGGGAAACCGGAGAUGGAGACAUGGGGAACCAGGAGACACCGGGAGAUGGAGACAUGGGGAAACCAGGAGACAUGGGGAAACCAGGAGACAUGGGGGAACCAGGAGACAUGGGGGAAAAAGGAGAUGGAGACACAGGGAACCAGGAGAUGGAGUCAUGAGAACCAGGAGACAUGGGAAACUAGGAGAUGGAGGAAUAGGCACCAGGAGAUGGAGGCAUGGGUAUUAGAAAAUAACAUUGAUACCAGGAGAUGGAGACAUGGGUACCAGGAGGAUGUAAGCUGAGGUAUGGCAGAAUACAUUUAGUUUAUUGAAAUACCACCUUGCUAGUUGUCAUGGUAGGCAAAAGGUGGUUUUACGUGAAUCAGGUAGAGCAAUGGUGGCCAUAAAGAUUAGCAGCUUGGCAACUAGAAAAGCAUCCUGCUGGCCAUAAAGAGAAAUUGCCAGCUUGGCAACUGGAAAAGCAUCAUAGGAAUUGUAAUGCUUCAGGAGCUGGGCAUCAUUCUUUUGGACACCCUUGAGCUAGAGUAAAUGUGUUAAAUCCACUUAAUAUUUAAGGCCAAACUAUGGGAUUAGUGGACACCUUAAGGUAAGCCAAGGCUAUUUUAGGUGAAAUAAAAAAUAAUUUGUUAUAGUGAUUAAAGAGAAGGGAGUUCAGUAGGUGGUAAAACCUAAUUGAAAAAGACUGCUGAUUAUUCACUAAAGCAAGAAUUAAAAGAUAAUUUCAGGCCAGAGUAGCCAAACUGGAAGCAUACUUAAUAUAGAGAAUAUUUCCAGUUCAACUAAUGUAGCCUUAAAGGACCACUAUAGGCACCCAGACCACUUCAGCUUAAUGAAGUGGUCUGGGUGCCAGGUCCAGCUAGGGUUAACCCUUUUUUCUAUAAACAUAUCAGUUUCAGAGAAACUGCUAUGUUUACCUAUGGAUUAAUCCAGCCUCUAGUGGCUGUCUUAUUGACAGCCGCUAGAGGCGCUUACGCGCUUCUCACUGUGAAAAUCACAGUGAGAAGACGCUAGCGUCCAUAGGAAAGCAUUAAGAAUGCUUUCCUAUGGACUGGCUGAAUGCGCGCGCGGCUCUUGCCACGCAUGCGCAUUCAGCCGGUGACGGGAGAGGAGAGCUCCCCGCCCGGCGCUGGAGAAAGAGGUAAGUUUAACCCCUUCCUCCCCCAGAGCCCGGCAGGAGGGGGACCCUGAGGCUGGGGGCACCCUCAGGGCACUAUAGUGCCAGGAAAACGAGUAUGUUUUCCUGGCACUAUAGUGGUCCUUUAAAUUUGAAAGACUCUUGAGUAAAUAUCCCUGCAAAUGUUAGUUGGGAUAAUGAAAAUCUAAAUCUAUUUCUAUAUGCAGGUACGUGCUUGGUUACAAGGUUUGUAUGAUGCCUCCGAUGCUCAUAUAUGAUCUUUACCGACCGGAAUCUCCUGAUUUUAUAUGUCGUUUUAUGAAACCCGACUUAACAAAGUUAGGCCUGAUUAAACAAAAAAAUAGGGAGCAUGUAGAAAUUAUAAGGAAAGGUGCUAAAUGGAAUGGGAAAUAAUUGACUGAAGACAGAUGUUUGGGGUUCUGAAACAGUGACACCUGUUCGCAGGUAGCAAGUGAUGAACGGCUUACACUAAGAGGAAAAAAUGGUGAAAAAUAAAGAAUAUUACGUCGAAAUGAAGCAUCAGGACAUGGGAAGAGCUACACGUACUUUUAAUUAGAAAUUGUAGAGAUGAUGACUUUGUUAGAUCGCAAACAGGCACACUUGGAAAAUGCCAAUCACUCGAAACUGGAAAGGUUAAUGUCACUAUUGAAUCAUGCAAGUGUAAAUUAAGCUUAAUGUGGUGAGGUAGUAAGAGAUUCAUGAUUUAACCACUUAAGGACCAAACUUCUGGAAUAAAAGGGAAUCAUGACAUGUCACACAUGUCGUGUCCUUAACCCCUUAAGGACACAUGACACGUGUGACAUGUCAUGAUUCCCUUUUAUUCCAGAAGUUUGGUGGUUAAGGGGUUAAAAUUGGCAUAAAUUAAUUGGGGGGAAAAAAAAGGCGUUUAUACAGUAUCUUUGAUUAGGAGGUGCUUCAAACAAGAUGUAUGUAAAUAUUUGUAGGGAUACCUUGCUAAAUUCUGAAAAUUGAGACAGAACCUAUAUUAUAGAAAAAAAUAUAUAUUUUUUAAUUGGGGUAUAGUGAACAAGGUUUCACAAAAUUCACACAAUUUCAUUCCAAAUGACACAUGGUGGAUGGAGGUGCGAUUGUGGUUGACAGUAACCAGACAAGAAAGUAAAACAUUUCUUUUUAUUAAUUUGAAACAAUAGUGGGAGUUCCCAAAGUCCGCACAAUGUAGUAAAUCUGUAUUUUAAUAUCUGGUUUGUCUUUUACUUUUUAUGUAGGAGCAAUUUUAAUUUGGAUGUUGAGAUUUUAAGAUACAGAAUUUAUUUUUGUUAUUGUUAAAUAAGCAUUGAGACCUUGUUUUUAAGAUAUCUUACAGUCAAGAUGAACUCAAAAUAAUUCUACAAACUCCAGAUCGUGCACUAAGACAGGAAUAUUAUCUUACGCAUAUCCUAUAGCAAUUCCCUAUCAAUAUCAGGAUAAAAUCUUUUCUUACUUAGUGCUAUGUUUUUGCUUUGCUGUUUAUUUUUGGAUAAGGUGAGGUUGUUAUUGUGCUGUUUGACCUCUCAAUCCUAGACCAGCCCCCCAAUCAGCUUGCAAUCUCCUGUCAUGGCUUAGUGACACAGUCCCGUGAUGAUGUCAAUAGCUGGAUAAUCUGCUAGCCUCCCUGCCCCCAGCCUUUUCUGAGACUAAAUCUGGCUACUGCCAUAUUCUCACCCCUUCCUCCUCUUAAAUCUGAAUCCUUGUAAUCUUUAUCUGUGUCCUUCUGCUUGUGAGUAUAGAAGAAAUGAUAUUGGCCUGAAAUGGUUAAAUGAAGCGUAAAGUCCUGUGGACAAAUGAGGUGGCAUGUGGGGCAUAUUAGCACACAGAAGAUGGACUUCAGGAUGUCAGGGGGUUAACACAAUCUGUGUGGCCUGAGCUGCAUGUAUCAGAACGGAACAAGCUGACCUAGAUAGGUGGGAUCCCAUGGAGUCCAGUACCAAUGUCCCUUGAAUAAAAACAGUUAUGUUUUGAAAACUGUGCUACUGUAAAACUUUUUGUUGUGAUGUGUGGGCUUUUUAAACAUUUUUUUUAAAUUUUAUUAUUUAUUAUAAGUGACUAUAAAGCAAUUGGAGAGCAUGCAUGCGCAAAAUUAUGAUUUAUCUUCAAUAGAUAACGUAGCAUACAUGCAAGAUAGCACACUCAUUCAGUGGACAGUUGCAAAGAUCAACGAUUUGAACAAUGUGAAUGUUAUUCCAUAAACCUUGAUCUGCUAGAAAUGUAUUGGGAUUAUCACAUUUUAACCCAAAAUGGCAAACUAGAGGGAAAAAAAACAAAACAACUUUUCGGAGUUUAUUGCGUGGCUAUAUUCAAUUAUUUAAAAUUCCUUGGUAAUUUCCAACAUUUUUUGGCUGAAUGAAUAGCCUGACAUGACAAUGUUUUUAGUGUCUGUAAAUUAAUUAUGCAUGUUUAAAGGAACACUAUAUCGUCAGGAACACAAACUUAUAUUCCUGAUACUAUAGUGUUAAAAAUCCUAUCUAACCCCCUUCUCCCACUUAAUAUAUUAAAAUCUUACAUUUAUUCCAGUCUGCUGGUGCUGUCUCUGCCACUGAUCAGCCUCCUUGGCUGACAUCAUCUGAAGUGAUCAUCUCAGCCAUUCCAAAAGCACUGGAUUCUCUGAAAUUGUCAGUUCUGAUGAUCUCAGCCAAGGCCGCGGGCCGCGGGAAGAGCCAAACACCACCCUGGCCAAUCAUCAUCUCCUCAUAGAGAUGCACCGAAUCAGUGUGUCUGUGUGAGAAAGUUCAGUCUCCAUCAAGUGUGUCCCAGGAAGCACCUAUGAUAGCCAUGUGAGGAGUGUCCACUGGAGGUGUCCCUAGGCUGUAAUGUCUGAAAAGACAGUGUUUACAGCAAAAAGCCUGAAGGGAAUGAUUCUACUCACCAGAACAAAUACAAUAAGCUGUAGUUGUUCUGGUGACUAUAGUGUCCCUUUAAUGUACUCUAUUCCGGCAUUUAUUGGUUGACGUAUGUGUAGGUAUUGUUAAUAAUCUGUGUAUAUCUAUGUGGCUAGAGUGCAGUCUUAAAAAAACAAGUGUGCUUUUCCUAUAAAUGGUAGCUUAACUGCUCUUAUUCUCUGUAUUCUAGAUUUUAUAGUUAACACUUUUCUCUCCACAGAUCCGUUGGAAAAGAAAGCAGAGGUGAGCACUUUCCCUAUGUGCAUUAAUCUCAAUUUAUUUGAUAGAAUGAUUUGUAUGGGUCACUACAAAUUCUCUGUAGUCUAAACUUUCUCCCCUUGGUGCUUUAUUCCUCUCAGGUCACCUCACUAUCUGGGCAACCAGGAACUGGUAAGAAAAUAGGACACCGUGGUGUCGAUGCUUCCGGAGAAACCACUUAUAAGAAGGUUAGUCAUCUACUCUGAAAAACAUACUAUUGUUUUAUUAAUGUGGAUGAAAUGAUCAUUUAAAGGGACACUAUAGUCACCAAAACCACUUUAGCUUAAUUGAAUAUUCUUUAUGUAUAGAUCAUGCCCUUGUGGUGUUACUGCUCAAUUUUCUGCCAUUUAGGAGUUAAAUCACUGUUUAUACAGCCCUAGUCACACCUCCCUGCAUGUGACUAACAUAGCCUUCCUAAACUUGUCCUGAUAAAGAGUCUACUUUUUUCUUUUUAGCUUCCCUUAUUGCACAUUGUGUUUAAUUUAGAAUUUCUUGUCUCCUCCUCUGUUAAUAGACUGUUGGAGGCUGCGACAGCAUCAUGUGAAUGAUUAAAGUUCAAUUAGCAGGCGAUUAAAAACAAAACUGCAAACUUCAAAAUUAAACACUGUAAGCUCUGACUGAAAAUUAAAUAGUUUUUUUUCAUGGUGGCUGCGUGAGUUAACUCACGAGUAUUCUAAUCUGUUGGUGUAGGCAUGUAUAUUGCAAUAAGUGGUUUUGUCACACUCGUAUCAUUCUUCUUUCACAAGGUUCUCCUUUUUUUUAUUUUUUUAUUCUUUAUUUACAAUGACAGAAAAAAAGGCAUAUGAGCAGUACAUAGGAUAACGCAGAAGCCAAGAUUCGUAUUUUACAGUGGUUUCACAUUAAUACAGAAAGCAGAGAGUGUGUUAUUAGGUGUUAAUACCACUGUGCAGAUUUUUACUUUACUGUUUCCUUCUGACGAGGUUCUCCUUUUUAUGUAAAAAACAUCAAAAUAAGUAAGGUUAAUUGCACAAGUCAAACCGGAAUUUAGAUUCAGGGAUUACAACUAAAGUGCAGAUGAUACACAUCUCUAGUUGUUGAAAACACACAGUAUGGGAGGAUUGUUACAUUUUAUGUUUAGGAUGAGAGAGUGAGGAGGUUUGUGCGUGUGUGCAAAUAUGAUUAAAUGUAUGUAUGCUCAUGCAAAAAAUACAUGAGAAGACAAACAGGUUAGAUGAACACUUCAAGGACUGUAAAUCAAAAUUUUGAAAAUGUGUCAAGGGUCACAUGUCCACAUAUACAGUAUUCAAAUAUUCAAAGGGAAGUUCCAAGCUUGAUUUAAAAAAAAAAAAAAAAUAAUAAUAAUUAAAAAAAAUAAAAAUAUAUAUAAAUAAAAAAAAUACUUGCACACUUUGUUGAUGUAGCCACAGUCCCACCUCCCUGGAUGUGACUUCCACAGCUUUUGUAGACAUUUCCUGUAAAGAGUCAUCUAAUGUUUACAUUUGCUUUAUUGCAAAUUCUGUUUAAUUUAGAGUAUUGUAUCUCCUGCUCUGUUAAUAACUUGCUAGACCCUGCAGGAGCCUCCUGUAUGUAAUUAAUUAAAGUUCAAUUUACAUACCAGGAGAUAAAAACUUUAAAUUAAGUUACAUCUGAAAGUGAAACCAUUUUGUUUUCAUACAGGCUGUGUCAGUGACAGCCAGGGGAGGUGUGGCUAUGGCUUCAUAAACAGAAACAAAGUGAUUUAACUCCUAAAUGGCAGCAAAUUUAGCAGUGAGACUGCAGGGGCAUAAUCUAAGCUAAAGUUAUUUUGGUGACUAUAGUGUCCCUUUAAGUGAUCUAUAUUGUCUUAAUUUUAUAAACAGUUUUGAACAUAAGAAAAUGGCUAUUGUGCACAGUGUUAUCCACCGUAAAGGCACCUUUAUUGCAAGUAAAUUAAACUGCUUCAGAAGUCCACAUUAUCUGGCUUAUUCACUAAAAGUGAGAAUGUGGGGUGAAUUCUAAGUGAAUUUCAUGUUUUAGACCGAAGUAGCAGAACUUAAAGCAUAGCUGACUAAAAUAAUUAUUCUAUUAAACUAUUUUGGUCUUGGAAUUAAUUUAAUGAAUAAUUAGACUGUGUUUAAAAUAAAACAAAACAGAAAAACCAUUCAAAAAACAAGGGUCGCGCUUUUUGAGAUUUGUUUUAAAUAGUCAGAGGAAGAUCGGAUACUUAAUCCUUUUUAAUUCUUUACUGUUGAAUUGUAGAUAUUAAAUUAAUCUCAUUUAUCAGUUUUGUUGGAUAAGUGUUACUUUUUUUUAUGCUAUGUUGGUCUCUGACAUCUGCCAGUAAACAAGAUAUUUUACUUCCGUCCCUCUUCCAUGCAUCAAUUUUGCCUCUCUUCUUGCACAGACAACAUCAUCCACCUUACAAGGCGCUAUUCAGUUGGGAAUUGGAUAUACCGUUGGCAACCUGAGUUCCAAACCAGAACGGGAUGUCCUUAUGCAAGAUUUCUAUGUAGUGGAGAGUAUAUUUUUUCCUAGGUGAGUGACAAAUGACAUGUCAUUUUUAUAUCUCUGUUCCUCUGGGUGUUCUGUCAGUAGAGUCCCAUCUCCUCUGCCUGUUCCCAACCAUAAUAAUAUUUUCUCCUCUCUCUCUUUUCCCAGUGAGGGCAGUAAUUUAACCCCAGCACAUCAUUAUCCAGACUUUCGUUUUAAGACCUACGCCCCUGUGGCUUUCCGAUAUUUCCGUGAACUCUUUGGGAUUCGUCCAGAUGACUAUCUGGUCAGUAUUGAUUUCAGUGCUUUGGUGACCCGUUUUCAUGUUUUCUUUUCAUCUUUGUGACAAUUUUUUUUUUUCUUCUUUAUGUUUUAAUAGUACUCUCUGUGCAAUGAACCACUAAUUGAGUUAUCUAAUCCUGGGGCCAGUGGAUCUGUCUUUUAUGUCACCAGGGAUGACGAGUUUAUCAUUAAAACUGUGAUGCACAAGGAGGCUGAAUUUCUGCAGAAACUGCUCCCUGGAUAUUACAUGGUAUUUUUUUUUUUUUUUUUAACCCUGUUCCCCCUAUUUGCAGAAUUUACAAUACAAUACAGAACUUUAAAUAGUUGAAGUGUACCUCUCGCUUCGCAAUAUUACACUUCCUGCUGUAUAUUGUGUGAUUUUAUUUUUUAUUAUUGUUUUCUCAACGUGUUUGAAAGUUAUGGUUUAAAGGGUUUUGGUGUAUACAUCAUGCCCCUGCAUUUUCCCUGCUCAAUUUAAAUUACUUGCACAAGUUAAAUCACUUUGACGUAGCCACAGUCCCACCUCCCUGCAUUUGACUUCCACAGCUUUUGUAAACAUUUCCUGUAAAGAGUCCUCUAAUGUUUACACUUGCUUUAUUGCAAAUUCUGUUUAAUUUAGAGUAUCGUAUAUCCUGCUCUGUUAAGAACUUGCUAGACCCUGCAGGAGCCUCCUGUAUGUAAUUAAUUAAAGUUCAAUUUACAUACCAGGAGAUAAAAACUUUAAGUUACAUCUUUUGAAAGUGAAACCAUUUUGUUUUCAUACAGGCUGUGUCAGUGACAGCCAGUGGAGGUGUGGCUAUGGCUUCAUAAACAGAAACAAAGUGAUUUAACUCCUAAAUGGCAGCAAAUUUAGCAGUGAGACUACAGGGGCAUAAGCUAUACACUAAAACUGCUUCAUUAAGCUAAAGUUAUUUUGGUGACUAUAAUGUCCCUUUUAAGUGAUCUAUAUUGUCUUAGGGCUUUUAGAUAUUUUAAAUAAAAUGUUUUUUGUGCAUACUUUAAAAGAUCCCACUGACAUCUUUUCAGGAUAUUUGUCGGCUGUUGUUUAUUAUUGUAUGUGUGUCAGUAACAGAAUUUACCAGAGGUACAAAUCCUGGCAAGCAAGGUUUCUAUAUGUUGCAAUGAAAAGUGACAACAUACCUGAAAUGUUUUUUUGUGGGUUUUUUUUUUCCUGCAAAUGCUUUAACAGUGACUUUUGUUGUUUUUGCACAAUCCAAGCUCUAACCUCAAAGUUAAAGUAGCAUUUUUUUUAAAUAAAGUUUAAUUUUAUUUAUUUACCUUUUUUUUGUUCCCCUUUGCAAUUUUAUUUUCUACUGAGAUGCUGCACAUACAGACUGUUUGCACCAUGUCUAAUUCAAACCACUGAAGUGGAAUCAGUGCUUGGAGUAACUCUUUAAAGCGACCCUGUCCUUUUACUUUUGGGUUACUUAUGCUUGUAUCUUUAUAAUCAUACUCUGUCCCUUGCUUUUAUUUAUAUUUAUUGAUAAAAACACACAAUUGGGUCAGCGCUUAAUAACAAAAUAGUGGAAAAUAAGGCAGCAACCCUAAGAAGGGGAUCCCUCUCAACCCUUCAAAGUAACAUAUAGAAAUAUUUAUUUAAUACCUUCCCUACGUAUUCUAUAGAGUCUCCUGCAUAUUAUUGUAUAGUUAACUUUAAGUUUGAAGAAAAACCAAACACAAAGUAUUCAAUUGGCGCCAUAUUGCUGAUCCAAAUGAUCCUCAGCUGCGUAAGCGUUUUGAGGUUAUUAAGAUAUGGGUCAUUUUCCUACUCUUCUCUCCAACCUACAGAACCUAAACCAGAACCCAAGGACACUGUUACCCAAGUUUUAUGGCCUGUACUGUGUACAGUCUGGUGGGAAAAAUAUCCGUGUGGUCGUCAUGAACAACAUCCUGCCGCGUGUAGUGCGCAUGCACUUCAAGUAUGACCUGAAGGGCUCUACCUACAAGCGGCGGGCAUCGAGAAAGGAACGGGAGAAACGCAGCCCUACCUACAAGGACCUAGACUUCAUGCAGGAUGCUCCCGAGGGCCUGCUCUUGGACACUGAUACCUUCAGUGCUCUGGUCAAAACCCUGCAGAGAGACUGUUUGGUGAGAGGCCUUCCAAAAACAUGUUUGUGGUGGGUCUUUUUCCCUUCUCCCCCAUCCCACAUCUCUAUCCAAGCAAAAACAAGAAUUCCUUGUUAUUACGAACAAGAAACAGCGUCAAAAACAAAUUCUGGAAGCGAGUGUUUUUCACACUUAAGGUAACACGUACCCGUUAAAAAUGUGUAUUGUUCUGAGGAAUUGCCGUUUUCAGCUUUUUAAUUUUCCAUUUAAUAAAAGUAGCAUUCCAAUCCAUAAUCAGUGGGGGGACGAGGCGGACCUCUCAUUUGUGAUGGUGCCCCGCCAUCUACUAAUAACAUUCACUAUGUGCUAUAGUUACUGUGCUAUAUAAGAUCGGUUUUAGCACAAAAGCUCUUUUCUUGUCUAAGAAUACAUGAGAGGUUUGCUUCAUAGCUUCAGUUUGCAAGACAACAAACUCAUUCCUUUACUAACGUGCUGGGAAAUGGCAAGGGUUUACUAUAUCACAACUUGCCACUUAGAAAAUCUGAUUACAUGACAAGCUUUAAUUGCCAUGUUUAUUUAACAUCAGCAAACUAUGCCGUGUUGGCAAUUUUAAGUAAAGUGUGUAAAAAAAAAAAAAAGUAAAGGAAAACUGUAAGCACCAUAACCACAACAACUUAAUGUCGUGUAUUUGGUCCUGCAGUCUGGCAAAUAUAAAGAUUGCUGUUUGCUAGAAAUGGCUGUGUUCACAUUUGUCAGUCAGCCUCUUGUAACUGUCAGAUAGACAGCUCAUGCAAUAAUUUAGCUAAAUGCUUCCAAAAGGAAGCAUUGGAUUCAGUUGCCUCGCUAUGGCAAGCAUCCGAUUGGCUAAGAAUGGUAAAUGUUGGUCGUGCAUCAUAGGGUUUCAAUACUUCUCUGUUAGAAGCAUUGAUUGGACAUAGAUCAUGCAUCAGCAUGAUCGCAGAAAAUGAAAAGCAGUUUUUUGGGGGGGGGUUUUGUGAGAAAAAUGGGACAGCACUGGAUAUAAGGGGAGAAAACAACUAAACUAACUUUUUUAACAUGAGCGGCUCUAUAACCUAAACAAGCAGGUGAGCACUCUAAGGUUAUAACUAUAUUAUAAAACGUCUAGUUUUGCACCACACAGAACAAUGUAAGUUUAUUUGUGUGGUUUUUCAAAUCCAAGAAUACUAUAUUGCAAUUCCACAGGAUAAAACAUAUUUACAUUAUUAACUAUGCAUUCUGGUGCUUAAAUCUUACAAUUUUAUCAUCUUUUUAAAAUGACCAUGUUGUUUUUUGAAGGAAAAUACAUGUAAACAUGAGACGAGAUUUAUUACAAUUUGUGUAUUAUAAUUAUAAAAUGACACAAAUGGCUAUAUUUCAGCAGCCAAUUGUUGUAUACUCUUUGCUGGAGAAGGGAUGUUUCACCUGUGAGAUCAUUGAUCCCUUUGUCCCUGUUUUGGUAAUUUUGUUCAUGUAUAUCAAAAGGUUCUAGUGUACUUUAUGUUCAUGUUUUGCAUAAUAUAAUUAAAGGGACACUAUAGUCGCCGAAACAAAUUUAGCUUAAUGAAGCAGUUUUGUUGUAUAGAUCAUGCCCCUGCCGUCUCACUGUUCAGUUCUCUGCCAUUUAGGAGAUAAAUCACGUUGUUUAUACAGCCAUUGUCACACCUCCUUGCAUUUGACUUACACAGCCUUCAUAAACACUUCCUGUAAAGAGUCAUCUAAUGUUUACACUUCAUUUAUUGCAAAUUCUGUUUAUUUAGAAUUUCUUAUCUCCUGCUUUGUUGAUAGCUUGAUAGACCCUGCAGGAACCUUCUGUAUUAGAGUUUAAUUUACAGAGGAUAAAAACUUUUAAAGCAAGUUAACAUCUGAUUGAAAGUGAAACCAUUUAUUUAUUUUUUCAUGCAGGCUGUAGGAGUCACUGACCGGGGAGGCGUGACUUGAGCUGCAUUAGCAGAAACAGAAGUGAUUUAACUCCUAAAUGGCAGAGAAUUGAGCAGAGAGACUGCAGGGGCAUUAUCUAUACACUAUAACUGCUUCAUAAAGAUAAAGUUGUUUGGGUGACUAUAGUGUCCCUUUAAGCCUAUUUUAUAUUUAUUUAGCAUUUCUAAAUAACCAGAAAGCCAGGUUGUCAGUGAUAUUCUAAAUGGAACAUUGAUUUGAGUUUUUCUUCUUUGGUUAGGUUCUAGAAAGUUUCAAAAUUAUGGAUUAUAGUCUGUUACUGGGAGUCCACAACAUGGAACAACAAGAGCGGGAACGUCAGACGGAGGGGGCUCAGUGCCAAACCGAUGAAAAGCGUCCUGUUGCACAAAAAGCACUGUAUUCCACUGCAAUGGAGUCAAUUCAAGGAGGAGCAGCUCGUGGGGAAUCAAUAGACACAGACGAUACGUGAGUAACACCCACCUAGCAUACUCUGUUGUGAUUGGAAAGAGUAGGGCUUGAAGAUUGGCACAAUAUUAUGUGUCAUUAGAGGUCGAUAACAUUGCUAUAAGGGAGGAAGACUAUAAUUUAGUAAAAGGUUUGUGCUUAGACUUUUACUGUGUAUCAAAUUGUUAAAUCUUCAGCUUGAGAUGGAUAAAGAGAGUUUUGUGUUUCUUACCCAAGUGAUCCAAACUACUUUUUUUUACAAAGAGAUGAUUUUAAAAGUGGGUUUUAUUACCUGGAAUAGUGUGGUUGGCAAGGUCAUUUGAUUUCAGCUAUUAAAAUCUAAACUAUUUUUUUUUUUUCUUUUUUUUUUUUUCAUACUCUGUUUUGAAGAUACAUUGGUUUAAGGAACACUCUAAACCCCUAAGGCAUGAGAAACUUUAAGGGCUUUACAGUGUCCCCUCAGUCUCGCUUUAUAAAAGUUCAAUUUAAAAAAAACAAAAAAUUUGCUCACUCAUUUUGAUUGCUUGUUCAGAGCAAAAGGCGAUGCUUCCCGAAGCGAAGUACUGUAUUCUGUAAUUUACAUUCCAUCGGAGAAGCACGGCAAUUGUUGUGCAUGUGCUGUUGCAUCACAGAACUUCCCUACGAGAAGUAUUAAAUUCACCCUAGACCAGGCAUAGAAAACCCUCGGCACUCCAGAUGUUUUGGACUACACCUCCCAUGAUGAUUUGCCAGCAUUAUGGGUGUAAGAGCAUUAUGGCACAACAUCUGGAGUGCUGAAGGUUGCCUAAGCCCUGCCCUAGACCUUCCUGAGUAUCUUCACUACUAAGGAUCUCCCAGGGACAGAGCAGAGUUGCAUCAAGGAGUCUGCCUACUGAGGUGUUCUUUAAAGUUCUCUUGUAUCUUCUCUUAUGCUUUUUUUUUGUUUUUUACCCUCUUCCUUGUUUUGGGAUACUUUUUUCCUUUCUUUAUCUUUAAGUGUUCUCAUGCAGGCAUGUUUCCUAAUUUAGAGACACUGUAUCCAUUUCAAUCACAAGAAAGCAUAAUUCUCUUGGAGCUUGAAUUUUAAGAAGUGGUCUGGGUGCAAUGUCCCUGUAGUUUUAACCCAGCAGUAUAAAACAUUGGCAUUCUACAGUGAUGCUAUUAUUUACAGUGCAUGGUUUAAAUGCCUCUAGUGGUUGUCACUCUGACGGUUAUUAGAGGCGCUUCCAUCGAAAUAGCAGAGGGAAUCUCUAUUUCAAUCAGAAGGUCUUAUAGAGACUGUCUGAUUGGCACAAAACAGCGUUUUGCCACGGACACACACUAACCUUUUAAUGCUUUCCUGUGGGAAAGCAUUGGAUUGACUGAGAUUGUCAUUCUUGAUGAUCUCAGCCAUUUAGGCAGAAAAGGAACGUGGAGACAAUACAAUGGUUUUUAUUUUUUAUAAUACUCCUUAUGGUACAGGGCAUCUAAGCCUUUCAUAUUGCACUAUAAUGUUAGGAAUUCACAUUUGUAUUGCUAAUGCUAUAGUGUUCCUUUAAUAAAUAUAUAUAUAUAUAUAUAUAUUCAUAACCUAUUUCUUUUUUCAUAGCAUUAAACAUCUAAAGAAACAUAAAAACUGAAAAUUCCGGAUUUACACCUGUUUUUUGUCUCCAUCAGGAUGGGCGGAAUUCCAGCUGUGAAUGGGAGAGGAGAACGUUUGCUGUUGUACAUAGGCAUUAUUGACAUCCUGCAGUCAUACAGGUAAAAUACACGUUUCUAAGCAUUCCGUGAAUGCCACUAUAGCUCUCCAUGCAUCAAUCUUAAUGUGUCAACAUUGCUUCACCUCUACCAUUGGUGUCUUUUUACAUCGUUUGUUUGACUUUUUUUUGUUAAUAACCCAUAGAUGAAACUGAUAGACCGACUCCAUUCUCUCUCCUGAGCGUUUGUUUAGUUCAAUACAGGGUAAAGAAAGACAUGUUUGCCAAUGCCAUUGUUUGGAAUAAGUGCCAUGUAAGCAUUACUAGCCCAGUGAAAGGACACUGAUUUUGAGAGAUUUAGUUAGAUUUUUAAAUUUAUUUAUUUUUUACAUGUUUUUAAUAAUGAAAAUGUAUGCCACACUUGCUGCAAUUUCUUUUUCCUGGCUAUUUAUUCCUGGCAGCAUCACUUAUGGGUAGCUCCAGCCCCCAACCAGAGAAAGACAGGAAAUACAGUAGUCGGUUGAAAAGCUACAAGAAUUGGAAAAGAUGGGAUAAAAGCUAGGAAAAUAAAAUUAUGGUUAUUAUUAAGUAUGGAAUACAUUUUUCUUAUUCUUGGCUAACCAUGGCAGCAUCAUUAAUGGUUAAUACGCAAACGCACCAAAUAUGGGGGAAAGUAUUUUGGAUGAAAGUGCUAUAAAAACUAUUAGCGUGAGCAACAGAGGUAAGAACUCCACUGCUAAAGGAAGAAGAUGGAGAGACCAAGUCCAGCUUGUAAUGCUUGAUAAACGUCACUGGGGAAGACCAGGGGGCUGCCUUAACAAAUGUCAUGAGGAGACACCUAUGUCCAGUUAUUCCAAGAUGUUCAUAAGGAUCUUGUGGAAGGAGCCUUAAUUUUUUUUCAGGAGGAGUCAGUUGAUUUUGACGAUAAGCCUCUGAGAUCGCCACAGAAAUUCAAUACCUUAAGAUUGAAGAUGAAGGAUCCUCUCCCUUGAAAGUCCCAGAUGGGAGAAUUGGUUUUGCCAUUGAGAAGGCCACCAGGAAGAGCAAUUUGUAGGUCAAUGUUAGAAUGAAGAUGUCUUCUAAUGGAGCACAAGGAGGGUCGGUUAGGUUAUUUAAGGGAGAGUCCAAAUCAUAAGGGGUAGCCGAGUCCUGGGUGAGGGGCCUGAUUCGCAUGUUCACUUUGAAGAGCCCUGCAAUGAGGGGGUCAGAUUGCAUAUGGCUGACAGACCUGAGGAUUGGACUUUGAGAGUACUAAGGCUAAGGCGUUAAUCCAGACCCGCCUGAAGGAAUUUCAACACUUGAAGAUGGGAAGGUUGUAGGAAAUAAAAUAAUUUUUCUAAUGCCUAGAUUUUAAUGGUUUCCUAAAUACACUAGUAGCAGGAUGAGGUAGCCUGUUUAAAACAGGUGCCAAAAUUGGAUCGCAUAUUCAAGGUGGCAUAAAUCAGUACCCCUUUUUAUAUCUGACAGCACCAACAUUGCAAACUGUCACCUAGUUUGUUGUCUGUAAUUGUUACAAAUUCCUUUCUUUUUGUCUUCAUUUAAGGUUAUCCAGAAUUCACCCCUAUGUAAUGUGUAUGUUGUUUGUUGGUUCCUUAUUCCAAAAUACAUGACUUUGCUUUUUUUUGUAUGAAAACCAAUCUACCAAAUACUUGUCCAGUGCCCAGUUUAUCAAAAUCCCUCUGUAGAGCAGUAAUAUCCAGUUCAGACUGCAUUACCUUACCUAGUUAUAACGAUAAUGCAUUAAAAAGAGACCAUUGUUUUCCUUGUUUGUUGUAAUUCCUCACGAUCUACAACUUCUGCAGUGAUAUCUACAGUGAUGAGAAAAUAAAUACGACCUCUUGGCAAAUCUUUAUAUUUCAUGGUAAUUCUCCAAGUAUGUGAUGAGCCCUGCUCACCAAUUCAUACAUUUCAACUAUCUGUUUAUCAUUGUAAUGUGAGUUCAUAAAGCGGGUUCAUAUUACUAACACAACUACUUAAUUUAUAUAUCCAAUAGAAUCAGGUUAGUGUCCGCAUGUGCUGUACACUCUCAUAGAAUAUAGUAGAUAUUUACUAUCAUCAGCUGUGUGUUUCCUACCUUGCUUCUCAUGCUGUUGGAAUAGGUAGCCCGGCUGAAAAUAAAUUGCAAUGAUGUUUUUUGCAUUUUUGUUUGUGUUAAAAAACAAAACAAAACAUGCUGCGAGGUAUCAAAUUAAACCCAUUUGUUGGCAUUGCAUUGAAAUAGUUGUGGGUUUUUUUUUUUUGGUUGUUUUUACAGGCUUAUUAAGAAGCUGGAGCACACGUGGAAAGCACUGGUACAUGAUGGGGUGAGUCCCGAAAUUACCUCUUCUUACAUAUAUUUAUUAUGGUAUAGUAUAGAAUUAUUUAUUUAUUUUUCCUUUGGAAAUACAUUGGUUUAACCGAAAACUCAAGGCCCCUAAAGCACUAGAAAACUUUAAAGGGUUAACACAGUGUCCGUUCAGUCUCACUUUUAUAGAAGUGACAUUUUGUUAAUUUCCUCACUCGUUUUGAUCUGUUGCUCUGCGCAAAAGGCAAUGCAUUCAGUGUUUCUAUGAGAAGCACUAAAUCCCCCGAAUAUCUUCAUUUAAAAAAUAAUAAUAAUAACUUUAAUUAAUUUGUGUAAUGUUGGGAUUUUAACGUCUGUUAAGUAUCAGUGUGAUUUAUUGUCUUCAGCUGUAUUUGGAAUUAAAUCAGGCAUAAUAAAUGGAAUAUUUAAUAAAAUCUUAAAUCUGGGAAAGUAACAGUUCCCCUUUAAAUAUCGCAGCUUUUGAAAAAAAAAAUUGUGUCAUCACAUGUAAGUAUGCCACUACUGUUUAUGUAUGCGUUUAAUAAUUUUUGUUUCAGGACACUGUGUCUGUGCACAGACCAAGUUUUUAUGCCGAGAGGUUUUUCAAAUUCAUGACAAACACAGUUUUCCGCAAGACAUCCUGUGAGUACUUUGUUACCCUGAGUGUCCGUGUGUGUAAGUAGCUGUAUGUGUGUGCUGAUAUUCCAUGUGUCUGUAACACAUGACAGAACUAAAGUCACAGUAUCUUUGUUAAUGAAAAGAUGAAUAGGCCAUCCUUUAAAUUAUAGACCUUGGUAAACUAACCUCUGGUGUUUUUGCAACAUUACUGGGAGUCAUGGUAUAGUGCGUUCAGUCUUUGCUGUCCUUUUUUUAUUUUACAACAAAGACGAUUGUCCUGGGAUACAACUGAGCUAGCAAAAUAUAAUUAGAUAGAAAAGAGAUUAAAUGUCAAGGAGCGGGUAAUUGUAAUAAAUGAAGCCUUUGUUGUCGCAGUCAUCGGACACAGUGGUUCUGCAUCCUUUGCUUUUUAAUUAGCUUUUUUUUUUUAAACUUAAGUGGGCAUUGAGAGAAAACUACCCUUAAUAGGAUAAAGUUCAUUAUAAAAAGAGGUCACGUAGGUUUCACAUUAAAGGAGGCACUUUAAUAAUAAUAGAUGAAUUCUAUGAGAAUCCUUGAUUGAAAAUGAUUUCAUGUACUUCUCUUUUAAUGACAGCAUACAUUUUCAAACGGAAAACAAUUAAUUGCUGUAAGUGUUGUAGCUACCUGUGUGAUGUAUUUUGGCUAUGUGAGACGUAAGGGUAGCUAUGAGUGAUUGUGUGGGCAUACGGUAGUGAUUUUUAGACCGUUUUGAGUGAUGUGGGAAGCUGUGAAUACUGUGAGUGAUGUGUCUGUAGCUGUGACUACUGUGUGCUGGUAGCAGUGAGUGAUGUGUUUUGGGAGUGAUGGAAAGUUGUGACGAAGAGGAGAGGAAUUGGAGUGAUAAGAGGAUGGGUGGACACUGCGGUAUGGGUGGGAUUAAAGGCAUGGAUUAAUAGAAGUGAUACAAUGAUGGAAAGAAAGGCGUGUUAAAAGAAUCAGGACAGAGGCAUGAGUAGGAGUGAUUGGAGAAUGGGAGGAAGGAUGGGUGGAAGUGAUGGGGAGUUGGAGGCAUUAGUGGAGUUAUAGAUGGAGAGGAAGAGCAGAUUGGGAUUGGUGAUAGGGUGGGUGUGAUAUAAGGAGUGGAAGAAGUAUGGGGUGGCACUGUGGUAGCAAUACAUCAGAGUUACAAUAUAAGAUUUAGUACUGCAGAGCUUUGUGCUAGUUUUACAACCACAUAUUAAUGUUACUAAGUAUUUGCAUAACUGUAUUAUGUGAUUUACAAAUAAGUGUAUUCAGAUCUGUGUAUCCAACUAAACACCCUGACAUACAGCCGUAGCACCCACUGAUAGCUGUAGGAGUUUGUGUUCUUUAGAAUACUGAAAGUCUUCCGGAGGAUUCUUAAGCCACCUGCCACUAAAUGAUGUUUUUUUUUCUGCUUAUAUUUAUUAUGGCUGCAGCAUCCUAUACUGUGAGAUUGAUGGUAGUGUGGUCAAAUUACAUUUGCAGACUAUUGGCUAAAAACAAAAUUAGAAAAAAAAAAUUCCACCUACUGAUGGUGAUAUAAGUGGCCGAGAAGAGAUGUGCAGGCCUCACAUUGCUCUCGCAGCUCGGUAUUCUUCUAGCAAGGUCUGAUGGGGAAGGUAUGUGAUGUCACACUACCAGCUCCACUGCACACGUAUACCUGUCUCAAAUAUUGCACAUUGUUUUGCGUAUUUGUGCAUAUAUUUGGGCUGAAGCUGCACCUGUGGAAAUAGCUACUGGAGCAACACUAUAGUCACCAAAACAACUUUAGCUUAAUGAAGCAGUUUUGGUGCAUAGAUCAUUCCUCUGAAGUUUCAUUACUCAAUUUGCUGCUAUUUAGGAGUUAAAUCACAUUUGUUUCUGGUCACACUUCCCCUGGCUGAGACUUACACAGUCUGCGUGAAAAAAAAAUGAUUUCACUCUUAAUCAGAUAGUAACUUGCUUUAAAAAAGUAUUUCUGAUCUCGACAUUGAGCUUUAAUUACACACAGGAGGCUCCUGCAGGAUCUAGCAAACUAGUAACAGAGCAGGAUAUAAAAAAUAUCUAAAUUAAACAGAAUUUGCAAUAAAGGAAGUAUAAACAUUAGAUGACUCUUUACAGGAAGUAUUUAGGAAGGUUGUGCAAGUCACAUGCAAUGAGGUGUGUCUAGGGUUAAUAAAGUGAUUUAACUCCUAAAUGGCAGAGAAUUGAGCAGUGAGACUGCAGGGACAUGACCUAUACACCGAAACUGCUUCAUUAAGCUAAAGUUAUAUUGGUGACUAUAGUGUCCCAUUUAAUACAUCCAUAGAGUGAAAUAUCUCUACACUACAUCUAACUACACUUUAUCAACCAAAAAUACUUUUAUUAUUGUUAUUAUUUACAUAGCAUCAUCAUACCCCAAAGCACUUCAUGAUGUUGGGGGAGGGUGGGGGAACUUUUUUAGAGGAGGACAGAAUUCCAUCUAGACUAUUCUAUAGUUCUGUCUAGUAAGACUCAAUAGACACCAUUACAAAAGUUAGGAGACACUUUAGUUAAAGCGAAAAUACUCCCAGGCGCUAGUGAUGUAUCCAAGAGUUUCACAGGCAUUAUCAGAAGAGGCCAGUGCCAAAAAAAGUGUGCUUGUCCUCCAACCUAGAUUCCCUUUAUCUCUGUGUAUGAUAUUCUAGAGAUCUUAAGUGUGUGAAUUGGUACUUCCAUGAAAACCUUGACUUUGUGUAACUCAUAUUAUCAUUUAUCUGCCUGCACAGUUAGUACUUUAUUGGGGAAGAAUUGCUUUUAACAUUUAAUUUUAUGCGUCUAGCUCUCAAGUCUUCUCCAUCAAAGAAGGGACGGAGUAAUCUCCUUGCUCCUCGCCCUAUUGGACCUUCAGCAGCCUUCUCAGCUGGCCAAAUACCUACAGAACAAGACGAGGUGAGAUAUGACCUGCGUGGAGCUCGCAGCUACCCUACACUGGAGGACGACAGUGAGUAUAUCACAGCAGUGUCGUUAUGGAAAAUAUUUGACACUUUCACAAAGGUAUAGAUUUAAUUUAAAGAUUGUACUGGUGAAUUUGCUCGCAAAUGAAUACAUCAAAAAAGAUCAUAUUUACUGAUGGUAUUUUUAUCAGAAUGGAUAAGGAGAUCAAGCACUCGUGAUGACCUCCAUGGCUAUAGGUUUUACUGCUGUGACAUUGGUAUAACCAUAAAUGCUGUGGAGAGUUCAAAAAUGCAUAUACUGAAAUUACUUCUCUGCACACAAACCAGCAAUUUUUUGUGCACAGUGUAUAAUUUAAUGUUAAUCUCCUUUAUAGUUCUAUCCAAGUCACAUUGGUUAUGACAGUUGCACGUAAAAGUUGGUACUAUCUUGACGUAAUGGCAAAUAUCACCCUCUUUUUUUUUUUUCUUUUUUUUUAAGACCGACCAGAUCUCUUACCGUGUACGCCACCGUCGUUUGAAGAGGCCACAACGGCUUCCAUUGCAACAACUCUGUCUUCAACCUCGUUGUCUAUUCCAGAGAGGUCCCCUUCUGAGACGUCAGAGCAGCCACGGUACCGGUAAGUUAAGAGUGGCAAUGCAUGGGAAGGACAUUAGAACACUCUCAAUCACACACUGUGCUAUCUAGAAGGAAUCUGGUCUUAAUCAUAUCUCCUCCUAACAAACUAUUCAGUGUAAUCUCUGAGUUUUUUUUUGUUUGCGCAUUUUAUUUUGUAUAGACUCAAAUUGGACAAUCUGUAAGAAGCAAUUCUGGGGUAACUGUCUAAACCAAGGGCAAUCACAAAGACAUUCCAUUGGCUUCAAUGGUGAUUGCUAUAUUUUUUAAACUUUGACCCAGAAUUGUUCGUUGAUAAAUACAUGAUCACUAAUGGGUGAAAACAUCCAUAGUUCAUACCUCUCUGUUCUUCUGUUAACCAGUUAAUGUGGGCAGACUACCUAUUGACUAAUUACAUAUACAGCUUACCAAAUGUUUUCGUUCAAUAGUGCAGUAUGAAGUACUUGUCAAAGAAAUACAAAAAGAUACAAUAUAGUGCAGAUAGUAUUUAAAGUGACAAUGCAGGAAUAAUAUUGUGGUGAACUGUACACUCACAUUUCAAGGAGCCUGUAUAUAGAAACACUGGCUCCGUAUUGAAGCUUAUGUGCUUAUUAUGGUAGCACCACCCUUCCACUUCGACUUGGAGUAGUUCUCACAGACAUAAAGAGAGAACGAACUAAUGUGUAGAUUGUAGCAAUAAAAACAUGGAUGUAGGACAAUAAAUGUGGUGCUCACCUGGUCCUGAGCCUAUGGGUCCCGGCUCUAGGUGUAAAGGUUUGGUGCCAAUUUAAAUGGGGAUGGCACUGCCCCUAUGGAGAUUCUUAGAGGAUCCAAAAAAAGACUUGAGCAGGAUCUUAGGUAGAGUAACAGAUUUAUUAAUAUAUAAAUAAAAAUAAAUGUUAAAGUCCUCAAUAAAAGUCCUUUUAAAAUGGCCAAUACACAUUUCACUCUCAAUAGAGCUUCCUCAGUCAGCUGUAAUGUUGGUCCUUUGAAUCUUCCAUUUUAAAUGUCUCUUAGGUCUUCCUCUUUAAUAAGCUAAAUACAUUUUAUCCAAUCACAGUGAUAUAUACAUAUUUCUUAUAUAGAGAAAUUUGUGUGUUUGUCUUUAAUUGGCCGAAUUUUCGGCGCCUUUAUCCCCUUAAGGACACAUGACAUGUGUGACAUGUCAUGAUUCCAUUUUAUUCCAAAAGUUUGGUCCUUAAGGGGUUAUUUACUAUUAUUUACAUUGAUGGGCGGUGAUGGUUGGCGGAAGUGUUCUGGGCCUGCCAGAACGGUUGGCGGAAGUGACGUCACGGACCCACGUGAGCGUCACUCCAAUGCUGCCUGGAGAUUCCCAGAUCCUUCGGCCGUGCCGCACGUCUCUUAUGCCUGCGGGUCAGGGGGAGGGGACUAUGGCAUGUGAGGGGGUGGUCCGCGAGCACAUCGAUUCGUCCCGCCCCUCGGGCGUGUCGACGUGCCUGCAAGCUCCUCCCCCCUCCAGCAUAACUCUGCAAUGGGUAGAAUAUGUGUGUAUAGAAAUAUAAAGUGAAGGAAAGAGUAAAGAUGAACAAGGAAAGUGGGAGGAAAAUUAUACAAAGGUUAUAAUAGAUAUAAUCUGUAUGUCAAAAAACUUAAUAUGGUAUAAAUAGUGACAAUAGUGACUUAAUAUUUAAAGUGCAUAAAGUGCAUUUAAAGUGGAAAAUUUACAUUUAGCAAUAGUAUUAGAUUGGUAUGUGCAAAUCUAAUACUAUUGCUAAAUGUAAAUUUACCACUUUAAAUGCACUUUAAAUAUUAAGAGAUUCAGAGGACCAACAUUACAGCUGACUGAGGAAGCUCUAUUGAGAGUGAAACGCAUAUUGGCCAUUUUAAAAGGACUAUUAUGCCCGCCGGCGUUUAGAGCCAGCUCCUGUGGGGUGUAAUAGCACGCCCUCUGGAUUUAAGCGGUUAAAAUGUGUAGUCAAGUCCAAUCUUUUGUUCUAUGUCAACCCUGGGGCAUUUUGUUUACCUGCAUUCUACCACAGAAUGCACAAAUGUAUGGGAAUAUCAUUUCUUUUUUAAGCUCAAUCAUUACACACUGUAUGCAUCGUUACCGACCCAUCCCGCUGCCCUGAGAAAUGCGUCAAAGGAUAGAUGAGGAUUUUUUUGUUGUAACUUCAGAUGUUAAUUUCUAGAAUUAUUCAUUUUUUACAUUUAAAGUAUUUUACAACAUUUAAUUGGCUUUGUAGGCUUGGAAGACACCAUGAACGUUGCAGCCUGACUUAACUUUAAAAAUAAAAACUUGCUUCAGCAGUUCUGUACAGAGCAUUUGAUCCCUGACCCAUCAUUUGUUAUUUCUUUUUUUCCAGAAGACGUACUCAGUCAUCAGGGUAUGAUGCUCGGUGAGUGGCGCCCCUUAUUAAAACAUGAAAAAAUUGUUUAAUUCUCAAUCAGGUUUUACAGCAUAGUGUGUCUACUUUAGAAGUUCUUAUAACCUACUCUGUUAAUUGAGCUUUAAUCACACACCGAAGACUCCUACUUGUUCUGGAAAGCUAAUUACAGAGCAGAUCAGACUGUGCAAAGGAAGUUUAAACAUUAGAUUUGUGUUUAGGAAGGCUGUGUAAGACACCGGUAUGGAGGUGUGGCUAUGUCUAGGUCUAAUAAAUAAAGUAAUUUAACUUUUAAAUGGUAAAGGGGUGACCAGUAAAACUGCAUCAGCAUGAUUUAUACACCAACACCACUUUAUUAAGCUUAAGUUGUUUUGGUGCUUGGUAUCCCUUUAAAGACACUAAAAGACAUUAAGAUAUUUAAGUUACAAACUGCUAGAAUUUUUUUUUAUUCCUCAUGCUAGUUCUGUAGAAUGCGUUUUUCGAUAACACAUAUCUAAUAGCUUUUGUCCCCCCCUCCCACCACCUCUCCCCCUUACCCCCUGUGAAAAGCCAGCUCCUUUCUUAAGACCGUUAUUAAACCAGCACUGUCUUUUUUUUUUUACAGCUUUUCAUAUGUAAUUAAUCUAUUAAUAUUCUUCAUUCUAUUUCUGCUUAUAGUGUUUUUGUAAAUUUGUCUGUGCUUGUUUAAAGAAAGUAGUUGUGUCUGAAGGUCCUGCACACCUUCUUACCUUCUUACACCUCAAAUGGCAGUCACUCAGUCGGCCACUAGAGGUGCUUUCUGGGUCUGUGCUGCUCUGUGUGCACUGCACUGAUGUUCAGCAUCUCGAUGAUCUGCAUGAAGACACUGAAUUGUCAUUCAAUGCUGCUCUAUGAGGAGAUGCUAAUUGGCCUGGGUGACAUUUAACUCCGCUCCCACCCCGCCUCCUUGGCUGCAUUGGAUUGGCUGAUCGAUUCUGAUUGUGUCAGCCAAGAAGGUGAAUCGGGGCGGGGACCGCUCCGGCAGACCCGCGUGGCGCUGGAAUAGUGGUGAGUUUUAUUACGUUUUAGGGGGGCAAGCCACCGAAAUUGUGAUUUUAACACCAUAGGGUCAGGAAUUUGCAUUUGUAUUCCUGACCCUAUAAUGUUCAUUUAAGCUCACUAAAAGAAUUUUCUUUUUAAAGUCGCCUUUAAUUUAAAUUGCACGCAAUAUUACCAAUUUCUGACCCUUGACUUGCAAGUUUUUGGCAGUGAUUUGGUUAAAUAAGGUGUGUAAUUUCACUAGAUUGUAUUGUACUAACACACCUCAUUGUCACGUAACAAAGCUCUGGUUUAUACUUAGAACUCACGAGGAAUCAAGACCAGAAGACGAGGUUCAGCAAAUAACAGUUGAAGUGGAAACGAGACAACAGAGUGUGCCGGUGGUAAUGGAAACAGAAGACAGAUGGUGAGAAUAAAUUUUUUGUGGUUGUCUUGAGAGAGUGUUAACAAUAUCCGGUUUAAAUUAGUAACAAUUUAAAAUGUAUUUUUAUUUUGCAUCAUGCAGCGAGGCUUCUGGAUUCACAGGGGUGACUGGUCCUGGGGAGGAGACUGGAAGCCAGAGGUCAGAAGAGGAAGAGGUGCCAGUGACAGAUAUUUAUUUUGUAAGUGACCUGGUAAUUUAUUGAUGACGUAUUCGUUCUGUGUUGCAUUCAUUUGCCCAGAAACCGAUGGAACCAAAAUGUUUUACGUAAUAAUUAAAUAUCACCUAGUCCAGGGGUCUCCUACUGAAUACCUGAUAUUUUUGGAUAUGGAAAGUGUCCAUCUUUUGGGGCUGAAAUUAAAUACCUGCAUCGGAUCCUUUUACUCAGAGCACAGGCUGUUUUUGGUUAAAUUUCUAACUUAUCAGUUGGGGUUUUAUACUUGAUAAAAUUCUACUAUUAAAAAAGGUAAUUAAUCCUGUUUAAAUGUGCACUACCUCGUCAAACUGACUUUCUGUCUACAAUAGUGGACCUUGUUUUGUGUGUAUAUAGCAUAAUUUGAAUGUGUUUUUUUUUUUUUUUGUGUGUGUGUGUGUGUAUUUUUGUUUUCAUAUGUAUAAAAUACCUUGUUCCAUCUCUGCAUCUUCUAAAUAGUCUAUGGUUGUCUUGUGAAAUUAACGUUUUCUGUACAGUAAACAAAUUUCUCGUCACAUGGUAAACCAUCUUCUGUUGUUACAAAAAAUACAGCAAUAUAGUUAAAACUGGAAACAAACAUGUUUUAACCGCCCUGCAGAAUCAUUUUAAAUAAGGUUCAGAACCUCUGCAUUUACAGUCGAAAUUAACAGGAAAAGUUUGUUCAACAGUUUUUUAAAAAUGUUUUUAUUUGUGCUGUAUUUCUGGCCGCUUAAUAUAGUAUUUGGUACUUUGAGCUGCUGCCUUGGUUUAUACAUUUAAUAUAUCCGCUAUAUAAAUGAUUCUAGUUGUAUAAUAUGACAAGAUUUCUAUUACCAAGACCGAUAAAUCUGUUUCAUGUGCAUCUUCCAUAUUAAUCAUUUAGAAGGCCACAAAGCCUCGAAAAUACAUUGUCAUGAACUGCCAAAAAUGAAGGUACGAGAUAUGGGCAUGAUAGGAUCAAUUAACUGCCUUAUUAAUAUUUCAAUUUGCCGUUUUUUUUCUUUUCCACGUUACUAGCAUUUGCAAAUAUGUUAAUGCUCACUAAAAACCUCAGUGUUCUUUAAACUGAUUUUGAAAGUGUGUAAAGCAAUGUACUGUUACUGUACUUUUAGUUUAUAUAUAUAUAUGUGUGUGUGUAUAUAUAUGUAGAUACAGCAUGUGGAAGAAGUGAUGCAUGUUCAUAAAAUGCAUGAAGAUUCCUCUUAAUGAUUUGGAGCCAAUGUCUCCGCACAUCAACUAAUAUGUGUAGUAGGAACUUCACUCGAACUCUGCACAUAUUUCCCAUAGUUGCUCCAUAAUUUUGUAAUGGUAAACGGUGCGUGCAUUGGCCUAAUACCUUAUAAAGCAGAAAGUAGAUCGGAAGCAGAUCAUGAACAACUUUUUCCAUAUUUUUUCUUUUCUCAUUACAUUGCUUCUUGGUAUUUAGAAAUCACUUUAUAGGUAUCUUUUAAUAUUCCUUUAACUUUGCCGCUGCUAUCAUUUCUUCCUAUAGUUUGCUUGGUUUAACCUAUUAAUGCUGUCAUCUCCAUUGAAAGUGCAAUUUUAGAGAAAAACAUGCAUCGACAUCCCUGUGCUUGCAUCUUUAUUCUUAAUACAUUUCAAUUUGCUGUUAAGUUACAUUCACCCCUAGCACUGAAGGAGUUAAUAUUUGCCAGCCUGGCCUCACAUCCUGCCCUACGUGGUAAGAUAUAUAGCCCUCCCUUUCCCUAUAUUGCUCAUUUCAUGAUCUGACACAUAUCCACGAUGGCAGGAUUGUUCAUUGUCCUCACGCGUUAGCCAAGAAUUCUAUAUUGUUUUGUAACGUUUUCUUUUCUGUUUGUAGCUAACUCAUUUCAUUCACACUGGCAUCCUUCAUUUGUCUCCACUUCUUCUGUUCAUUUCUAUUUUGCAUCCUCAUCUCAUCACUCGACCAGUUCACGGAUGGGAGAUACUGGGUGUACUCCCCUCGGCUCCAUCAAGCAAACUCCUCUUCCUCAUCUACUGACUCUGUGAGUGAGUACCCCCAGUGCGUUGACUUUGCCUCUACCUGGAGGCUUCUUUAACGCAUUGUGGAGCAUUUCUAAAAGGGUUUAGGGCUGUGGUGAACCAGAUAUCUCCAGUAGUUAUUAUAGCCCCUGGCAACUAUUAACACCCUCACAUUCAUCCUCUGAUUUCACAGAUUUUGUUAUAUCCCUCUUCUCUCUUCUGUCUUCUCUCCUCUUUCUCUUUCCCUGCUCGCUGUGCUGCUUCCGCUCCUGCCUGGCCUUUUUCUUCUCAUAUUUUGGCUCAGCCACCCGAUGACCGGAGCUGGGUAUACUCCCCACUCCAUUAUAACACCCAGACCCAACCGGCCUCCGACGAGGAAAGUGACACAGUAAGUUCCGUAUGGAAUCUUAAUGUUUGGAUGUUAUGUGGCUGGCCUUCCAUAUCGUUAAGAAUGGGAGAGUGUCUGAAAAGUCGUAGGUCAGUAGGGUUUCUUCACUAAAUAAGAAGUGUGAAUAAUUGACUAGAGAACUGCACAUGUUAAUCUCAAAACAGGAAGACCACUAAGUUGGAGAAUCAUAUGUUAUUUAAAUAUUUUGUUUAAUUAUUUAUAAAAAGUACUUUGGAAUCUACCUUGUUUUGGGAUUUCCUGCCAAGAUUUGUUCUUUUUGCAAGGUUGAAAAAACCAGUAGGUAGUGUGUAUAUAUAGUUUAACUUUCUGUUAUGUGUUGGAAGCUCUACUUAACCCCUUAAGGACACAUGACAUGUGUGACAUGUCAUGAUUCCCUUUUAUUCCAGAAGUUUGGUCCUUAAGGGGUUAAAGGGAAACUCUUAAGCACCACAACCAGUACAGCUAUUCAUGUAGUUGUUUUGGUGCAUACAUCUUUUUUUUUCCCCUCCUAAAUGUAAACAUUGCGGUUUCUAAGAACUGCAUGGUGACAUGGACACGGUUAAUGUUUCUGUAUGAGAAGCAUCUAAUUUGCAGAGAGUGGCUUUUGCCACAAAUGAGUCACUGGACCCCAGUGUUUCCCUGUGAGAACCAUUGGAGUUGAUGUCUGACCGGCCCUGUAUCUAAGGUGUUUUUUUAGUUAGUUUUUCUUUUUUUCUUUUGUACACUUGUAAAGGUGAGAACAACAUGAAUUUAAUGUAAACUUACUCCAGUGUUUUUUGGAGGGUUUUUUUCUUGGGUUGAUAAUUUUUUUUUUUCUUUCAUAAUAAUUUGCCAAUAAAAUUAGAAUCUAUAAUAAUGUAUAAAUUGGGAUGAGAAAUCAUGCAUGUGUUCAGCUGUCCAAUCACACACUGAGAUUCAUAGAAGUGACAAUUUUUCUUGAAAUCUGCCCUUUUCUAAAAUAAAGAAAGGACAGACACUUAACACAUAAAGAACUUGUGCUUUGUGUGUUGCUUUAAGAGGUGUCUCAGUUCGGUAUUGGGAUAUAACUAAUGCUUAAUAUCUGCAUAAAUAAAAGUAUAAGAACCUAACCUAGCUAAUCUUUAGCAUAGGAAACAAAAUACAGCAGUCUGUGUAGUGCAAAAAACAAACAAACAAUAUAAUGUAGCUAUAAUCUCCCAUGAAAUUAAUCGCCAAAUUGUACCUAAAAAGCACACCAAAUGAAAGCUCGCACAGAUCUUCUGGGGUUAUAAUACAAAUAAUACAAACUUAACAAAAAUGAACAUUGCGUAAUAUGUAGAGCACAGAAAGGGCAAUCUCUGCUAAGUAAAUGUCAACCCACUCACGUUUAUUCGAGCCUCUAAUACUGGCUCAAGUAUGAAAGACACGAUCAAAAGAUACUUCAAAUUUCCUCAGACAGCAUUCCUCCAAAUACCUGCAAGUAAAGGGAGAUACAGUGAUCAUCAAACGUAGUAUUUAACAUUUAUUACAUGAACAAGAGUACCUUACGUGCAUGAAAAAAGAGAAGCACUCUCCAAAUAAUUCCAAAUAAAAAGUACAGCAUAACGCGUUCCGAUGAAAUAUGUCUUCAUCAGAUGCUUUCAACGUACAAAUGACCAUCUCCGCAUAUUUUAAGGUCCAUUAUUGCCCCACACUCUUGGUGCAAUGAAAUAUUCACGUGUUCCAGCAUCGUAAUCCUGCAGUCAUUCAAUAAUUAACUCAGUUAUAUUCUCUUCCGAGUGGUGUAACAGACCAAUGCAGUGAGUUUGUAGCCAUUGUCAAGGUGUUAAGAACACUUCAGGCACUAAUUCAACUUAAAGAAACUCUGUGGGCACCAUAACAACUUCAUCAAAAUUCAGUUGUUAUAGUGCCAGGAGCUCCCUUGCACUGACUUACCUCCCCUCCAGAGACAUUUCGCUCUGUCCUCUCCGUCCUCUCCAACAUCCGCUUUCUGAAAUCAGUAGCUCCCCAUUCACAAAACGGCUUGAGAAAAAGACCUACGUUUCUCACUGUGAACAGGGAGCUACUGAUUGGCUUAGAACAUCAGUUAGCCGUUCUAAGUCAAUCAGUGGCUUCCACUUUGAAGAGUUACAGAAAGUGGAGGUUUUAGGCGGCAGAGCGAUACAGUACUGGAGAAGAGACUUUGGGCUUAAACCAUUCAUGAAUCGGUUUCACUGUUAAAAGCAAUCCAGCACCAAAGUGCUCCUGGCACCGUAACAACUUCAUUUUUAUGAAGUUGUUUGGUUCCCAGAGGAUCUGUUUAAAGGGUUACUCCAACCACCAUGAUCAAUUCGUUCUCGCUCCCAACCUCCAGCCAGUUAAGAAUUAGGAGAAAUCCACCCUCCCACCUCCCUUGCCGGCCUGGAGUGCACACAUGCGCUCUGAGCCAGCAAAUUGGUCCAAUGACCGGAUUCUUCUCUAACGCACUUUUAAAGGGACACUAUAGUCACCCAGACCACUUCAGCUCAAUGAAGUGGUCUGGGUGCCAGGUCCCUCAGGUUUUAACCCUGCAGAUGCAAACAUAGCAGUUUCAGAGAAACUGCUAUGUUUACAUUGCAGGGUUAAGCCAGCCUCUAGUGGCUGUCUUCCGGACAGCCAUUAGAGGCGCAUCUGCGACGCUGGAGGCAUAUUAUCCAUCGCAGCAGCUUUCCUAUUGACAGCUUGAAUGCGCGCGUGGCACUUGCCGCGCAUGCGCAUUCGGCUCCGCUGACGUCGACGGGAGAGGAGAGGUCACUCUCAGGUAAGUGGCUGGAGGGGUUUUGGUUUUUAACAGAUUUGUUUUCCUGACACUAUAGUGAUCCUUUAAGGUCCUCCACCUAAAAAGCAUUGGACUAACCCUUUUAGGUGAAUUGUAUUCAUGCUCUGUGUUUCUCCAUUUUUGCAGUUUUCUGCGUUGUAACGCUGUCCCCUUAGCCACACCCCUUCUUUCUAAGAGCAACUUCCUUAUUAGACAUACUCUUGAGAAUGUACUUGGCACAACCAAUCGGAGAGCUGAGUUGCUGUUGUGACUCCACUUUACAGCCAGUCACUGUCGUCUUAUUAUUGCCCCCUUUCCCCUCUUACAGCAUUAAUAUGUAGCCAGAAUGUAUCAGUGUUCAUUAAAGUUAGGCAUGGUGUGUUGGUAAGGCUUCUGGCUUGGGUAAGUGCUUUUUCAGAUAAUUUUUUACAUAUAUGUAGGUUGAGGCUGCACUAACACGCCAAUUGGUACUGUAAGCAGACGAGUUUAAUAAUUUGUGAAAACAGAUUUCUUGUAUAGGAUUUCUUGUUCAAUGAACAAAGGGGAAGAGGUUCCAUUACCUAAAGGUGGCCGGGUGUUUGCAGAUACUCACUUCCUACAUCAUAAUUCACAAAAGUGAAAAAUGGCAUUGUGUGAAAAGAUAAUUUUGGUAACAUUGUAUCAGUAAAAAGGGACAAUUCCUUCAUUCUGCCUCUAGAGUGUGCUAUUUUGAUGCUCUUGAUAUCCUUAAUGCAGAAUAUAUUUUUAAAAGCAGCUUUUCCUUGUAAAUUGAACCAUUCAGAGAUCUUCAGCAGUCAAUGAAUUUUAAGACUGAAUGAAAAGGGCUGGCUAUUAAUGCUUUGAGUACCAGAUGACUGAACAUUGCAUUAAAUAGUGUGCAGUACACUGGAUUCAAGUAAAUAAAGCUUUGCAUUAUUAUUAUUAUUAUUAUUAUUAUUAUUAUUAUCAUCAGCAUUUUUAUAAGGCCAACAUAUUCUGCCUUGGUUCAGAUAUAAAAUACUAGAUACAAGAGAUGAAGAGUCUUCAAUGAAAUUAGCUAACUUCAAUCUAGGAUGUUAAUCAUGUGAUAGUGGGCUUUUUGUCUCUUAUAGUUUGUAUGUAAGGUUAUAACUUUAAAGUUAAAGGGCACCAAAAAAAACUUUAGCUUAAUAAAGCAGUUUCGGUGUAUAGAUCAUGCCCCUGCAGUCUCACUGCUCAAUUGUCUGCCAUUUAGGAGUUAAAUCACUUUGUUUAUACAGCCCUAGUCACACCUCUGUGCAUGUGACUUACACACUUUCUAAACACUUCCAGUAAAGAUAAAUCUAAUGUUUAAAGAUCCUUUAUUGUACAGUCUUUUUUAAUUUAAAAUGUAUUUUCUGCUGCGCUGUUAAUAACCUGCUAGACCUUGCAGGAGCCUCCUGUGUGUGAGUAAAGGUAAAUUUACAGAGCAGGAGAUUAAAAACUUCUAGAGCAAGUUAACAUCUGAUUGAAAAUGAAACGAUUUUUUUUUUUUUUGAGUCACAGCCAAGGAAGGUGUGGCUAGGGCAGCACACCAGAAACAAAGGUGAUUUAACUCCUAAAUGGCAGAGAAUUGAGCAGUCAGAUUGCAGGGGCAUAUGAUCUAAACUGCUUCAUUACGCUGAUGAUUUAAAGCCUAUAGUGUCCCUUUAAAUUUGCCCCUUUUUUUCUUCUUUUUUUUGGGAUUUUUUUUUCUUGUAACCCUUCAAAAAAACUGAUUAUAUAGUGCUCCCAAGGACAUUGGUAGUGUGUGAGUAAGUUGCAUGGUGUUUAUGACCUAUCAUAGUAAAUUGUCUAUUUAGAUCCUCCGUUUACUACACACUCUCUGUCUAUCUCUUUCAGUAAUUACUAUACAGAUGAAUCAAGGGCAAGCCCUUUUCUCCCUGCCCGGCUAUUGAAACUACACAGAGGAUCGAAAAAGGAUACAAGUAUCAGCCAUGGAUUUGCUAGAGAGGUUUUGAGCAAGGCACACCAGUAUAUGAUAUAUACAUAUAUUAUAUAUAUAUUCCUACUGUCCGCUUCCUCCCUGCUCCUCGAUUUUCCGUUACCACGUUUACAGUGUGUCUGACUGGCAGCUGUCAGAAGUGUUUGAACUUGGAGGCCAAGCCAGAUUAUUCCGUCUAUUGCUACAAUUCCUAAAAACACCUGGCUGGCCGAGAACCAGAUUCAGUGGUUGGUCCGUUUUUACUACAUUUUGUAAGAAUUGUUUGCAGUGGAUGGUCGUCUUUGUUUUUAGCCAUUGACCCUUGUGAAACCUUUACGUUUUAACAUAAAUCUGUUUAGAUUGCGGUUGGGGGUCCAAUAGUUAAAAGGAUCAUUUUCCUGCAUUCUUUUUAGCGUAUUAUAAAUUGAUGUUUACAUUUUACGUGUGGGAGCCUUAGCCUGAAAUUAACGUGCUACAUCUCCAGUGUAAGCUGUAUAGUGUUCAAUAUUCUUUUGAAGCAAGACUUUUUUUUUUUUAAAUAACGGGUGGUUGAAUUCUGCACACAAAGUCCUAUAAUAAUGGAACCUUAAUUUAUAGGGUAGUUGGGAAAACGCAAAUAUAAAUGAGUUUACUGGAAACAUGGGAUCAGGGGGGUGAACUAGCUAUCAAGUCGAGUAUUGCUGGAAAAAUCAAUGGGGGGGGGGAGGGUGGGGAUUUCUUCUGUGCCCUUGAUUAGCACUAUAACUAUUUCCCUCAAGUAUUUAUAUAAUAUUUUUAUUUAUUUUUCAUUUUAUGAUUUCUUCAUCAGUUGUGCACUCAUUCACAAGCUUUCCUGUUUGCUCCGGAAAGAUAUUUCCAGAUUACCGUUAUCAUGUUUAAUUUUUUUUUUUUAGUUUUGAUGCAAAUUUUAUAAUUAUUAGCAGACUUGCAAUUACAUUCACCACUUAACAAAUCUGCUUUGAAGGCAGCGCACACUGUAAUAUAUUGCAAUGCAAUAAAGCACCAUUUGCAAUGCGUCAAUCUCAAACCAUUCCCAUUCUGUUAUAUCCCGUCUGCUAAUGUAAUUGUUUCGUGACUGUGCUCCCAAGUACGCAUGCGCGCACGUCUAUUUAAUUUUACAUUGUUUUUUAUUUUAAUUAUUUUAAACAUUUUAGAUUUAUCCAUUUUGCUUAGGAGUUUUGUGAUCUGGUAAAGGGGAAACCCAGCACUCAAGUGUUCAUAUGUUUAAUUUUAGUGGCAGUACUAAUUGCACAGGGAGAAAAUUUGAGAUUCCACAUGAAUGAUCACGCACUCAGUAAAUGGGUGCGCUCUAUGUAAGUACAUGGAAAGCAAAAGUUGCUGCAUUAAAGCAUUGUCUAGCGUCGGAAAAUCGUCACCUUUAGUUACAAGUUGUGGUUGUGCGUUAUUUUAUAUUUUUAAUAUAAUGGAUGAAAGAUAUAUAUUGUUUUUGGUCUGUGGGGACUGUUACCAUAAAUUAUUUCUUUACCUGAGAACACUUCAUGUACACUGAAGCUUUUUUUUUUAAUAUACAUUUUUUUUUUUUGGGCAGAACAAUGUUUUCUUGUAUUUUUUUUUGUUUGUAUGGUGACUAUGACAUCUUCCUUUUGAGUAUUUUUUUUAUGUGAUCAUGAAACGAAAGGCUGGAUAAAAUAAACUUGGAAUGUCUGGCCCAACAAAUGUUCGUAUAACUCCCAAAAAAUACUUUUGGUUGUAUAUUGAUGUAAAUAAUAAGGUAUGAGUUCAUGUUUCAUGGUGAUUGUCUUUAUUUUCCCUGAUGGCUGCUAUAAUAUAUGGAAUUACCAGAAUUGUACUGUAUUAAAUAAAUCUAAAGCCAUUUUGUUCUGUUUAUAUCUGGUGUGUGUGCGCUUUUACUGUGCAUCAGUAUG